GGUGUACCUAAUAAAGUGGCCGGUGUAGUUUUUUGCUUGAUACUUGAAUUUGACCUGAUACUUAGUACUUCUACUCAAGAGGAUUUAGGAAAGGUAACUUUACAUGUGUCACAGAAGUAGCAGUUCUGUUACUUGAGUAUGAGAUUAGGCCACUCUGCCUGUUUUUGAGAAGGUGUAUUAAUUAAUUAACAAAACAUCAUCCAAACAGGAGUGAUCAGUCUUUAGCAUACAAUAAAAGUAUGACAACAAACCUAUUGAUUUAGUCCUCUGUGUAACCUCAUGACUUCAGUUAAUUUGAUCUGACCUUGUUGGAGUGGACGAUAGGAAUGUGACAGCUAGACCACUCCGGCAUUCUCGAGGCUGGUUUGCAGCUCUCACUGCGCUGCAAAUUCAAUUCCAUCUCAUUUACGGCAAGCCGACUCUUCCAGGCAGCAGUCCACCAUGGGACACCCUAUAGCUGUGCUCACUUUUACCAUGUUCUUGGGACAAGGCAUGGUGGUAGUUCUGGCUCAGUCGUCUCCUUCUGUGUCACUGGGGUCUGUGAGGAAGAAGAGUGGCUGUAUUAAAGUGAACCACUGCAAGUGCAUUCUCGGGGACGGCAGCGGACUUAUUGAUCUGGAGCCACUGGCAGAUGUGCAGGGCUUCCUGGAGCACUCCAAACACGUCCCGCUUGAGGACUCGCUACAGGACACUGAGGUGCUUCUCUCCUUCAGCCCAUGCCUUCCUUUCUCCCAGCCAGAGUUCACUAUCACAGACUGCACUGAUGUGGCUGCCUGCUUGAUUUUAAGGAGCAGAAGUCACACUGAUCGUUAUGUGAACUAUGGAAGACAUGAGGGUAAUAAAUUCCAUUACAAUGAAACAACGAAGACUCUCUCAGUCUCCUAUUCAGCCUCUGUGCCUCUACCUCAUCAAGUGACCCCUUACUCUGAGGCCCAGACUGUGGUACACUAUAGCUGCAGCCCGAACCGGUCCAUCUCCUACAACUUGAGGCUCACUCACAGUGAGGCACCCCUUCAGAUUUGGGUGCAAAGCCCCUGCGCUUGCCCCAAUGCCUGUGCCGUGGUGGAUGUGGGGCCUGGCAACAUCUUCCUCAUCAUCCUCUGCCUCAGCAUCACAGCUUACUUCAUCUUAGGUUCUUGUGCGUUAAGGCCCUUCAGAAGCAGCAAUGGAGUCCAGAUUGCCCCAGAAGACAGCGUGUGGUGUAUGCUCUGCUACAAGUUCACUGACCAGCCCAGCAGCAAACGCAAGAGACACUGUUCACUGAGGGAGGACACACUGUAAUCGGUCCCAGACAAGAUAUUAGGCUGUGGCAUGGUGGAGGGCAAUGUUUAGACACUUUUCCUGAAUGUAGAUGAUCUGCUUUUAGUGUAAAGUGGCUCACCAGCCACUCAAUUGCUUGUUAUCACAAAUAGCUAAAUCAGCCAAUUAUAUGGCCGCAACUCAAUGCAUUUAGGCAUGUAGAGGUGGUCGACAACUUGCUGAAGUGCAGACCGAGCAUCAGAACG